AUGCCGAUGGCGGCGGCGUGGCCGAACGUGUACGGCGCGCUAGGGGACGUGCUGUCCAGCCGCAGCGACGCGGGCCGCCUGCCGGAUGCCCUGGACGGCCUGAGGGGGGCGAUCAGCCACGCGCCGGAGGCGGCCCUGGAGGAGGCGCGGGGCAGCCUGAUGCUGCCCCUGCUGGCGCUGGCGCAGUCCGUGGCCAUCGCACGGUCGGACAAGGCGGAGCGGUGUGCGGAGCAGAUCAGAUUCCCUCUGGCGAAGGCCGACCGCGUGGCGGAGCGUGCGAUCGGCUGCCUGGAGGAGCUGCUUUCAAGGACGUGUUGUUCAGAUGCAACAGAGUUUGUGCGACUGCUGUACGCAUUGGCUGACCUCAUGGUGCUGAAUAAGGAAACUGCUUCUGAAGAGGUGCGGCUCGCUUCGAUUGGCUGUCUGGCCAACCUGGCGAGCAGGCACAAGUGCAACAAUGCCGACUUACAGGACCAGAUGGCAGAAGAUCGACCUCGGGAGGUGUUGGCCUUCUUGACACACCAGUGCUUGAAGGCAGCACGGGAGGAAGGGGACAGAGGUUUGUGA